UUGCGCCACAGGGGUAGUUUCAUUUCCUGUUGUGAAUGUGGUUUAACUUUAUUACUAGUCUACCCCACACAGACACAUAUAUACAAACAGACAAACUACCCGGCCACCAGGAAUCACUCCUAACCUCCUGUCCCCCGCAAGAUAAAUAGUACCUGGAGAAUCAUUCCUUGGAUUCAUCAUUCUCUAGCCCCAAAUCUAAGAGGUACAGAGAUAACUCUUUGGGACCAGUUACCCCUUUGUUCCUCCAGCUCAGCAUUAAUACAUUUCCUCCCCAGUGUCAAUAGUUUCAGCUACAUAGUCUCUUGGGUUAAUAAUCUUUCCAUCCAGCAGCAGUUGCCUCUGUUCCUGACCAGUCCUCCCAUAAGGUCUUGAGUCUAAUUUUAAGAACUUAUAAAAAUGGGCAGAAUUUUCCUGGACCAUAUUGGUGGCACUCGUCUGUUCUCCUGUGCAAACUGUGAUACAAUCCUGACCAACCGCUCUGAGCUCAUAUCAACUCGCUUUACAGGGGCCACAGGAAGAGCUUUCCUUUUUAAUAAGGUGGUAAAUCUGCAAUAUAGUGAAGUUCAAGAUCGGGUCAUGCUCACUGGCCGCCACAUGGUUCGAGACGUGAGCUGCAAGAACUGCAACAGCAAACUGGGUUGGAUCUAUGAAUUUGCCACUGAAGACAGCCAGCGCUACAAGGAAGGCCGUGUUAUCCUGGAAAGAGCUUUGGUCCGAGAGAGUGAGGGAUUUGAAGAGCAUGUUCCAUCCGAUAAUUCCUGAAGAGAUGUCAGCCUCUUUUCUGGUGUUCUUCAGUGAAACUCAAAAAAUAAAAAAUAAAAUAAAAAAAAAAAAUUCUACUUGUAUACACUGUCACCUUAGCAUCAGAGUUGGAUUCAUUGAACUAUGGACUGGGAAAGAUUGUGAGAGAAUUUCAGAUGGAAACUUCCUUUCUUUAUUCAUUUAAUUUUUACUUUUCUCCCAACAGCUGUUUGUAGAGAAUGUUGAACAGAUGCUGUAAUUUUUUUUUCUCCUUUGCAUUUACAUCUCUUAGAUCUGAGAUUGUAUCUACAGCUAACAGUGGGCUGAAAGGAAAAUAAUCUGGAUAUAUCUUUUGUUAGAGAAAUCAUUGAUUUUUAGUUCAUAUAAACUGAUAUAUCAAUAGAAAAUUAUUUUAAGUCGAAAGGUGUUUUUUAAUUUACUUUCCAAUUUUUGAUCUAAGUUUUUAACUUUUUUUUACCCAGUCCUUUCACCAGAUAUACUAGUUUAAGAAAAGAGAUCUGAAUUUGUGACGAGUGCAAAAGGUUCAGUGUUGGUACGGCUUGUGCUGGCCAUUGUGCCAUAUUCUUGUUGAGGUUGAUCGGUAGCACAGAGCCCAUUCUUUCUUGUCAUUUUUGACCCAAAGAUGUCACCAGUCCUCGUUUAUUUGUAUAGUCCCUUUCACCAUAAAAUUGCGAUUGGAAGCUAUUUUUGAAAUGGGGCAAAACUGCUUGGCUUUUUUUCUUUUAACUGAUGUAACUUAUAAGCAUAGUAAUAAUCUAAAGUAAUUGUCUGUUUAGUCUUGUGUUGCUUAAAAAUCAGAAGCUGUUUGUAAUGAUGGGGUUUACUGAGUAACUACUAUUGCAGUAGUGAAUGUUUUUUUUUCUUUUCAUCUCUUUACUAACCUCAUUAAGUAGACAAAGCUAUUGCAAAUCUUAAUUCUUGUUCAAAUGGCUUUCUUUUUUAACCUGAGACUUUGUGUUUAAAACACAGCUACAGGGGAGAAGGAGGAGAAUGCUAGCAUGUGCAUUCAUGCAUACAGCAUACAACCUGCAACUUUUUUAAACAGCUUGUUUUCAAAUGCUGCUUCUGGUAUUGAAACUCUUAUCUAUCUCCAAAAUGUUGUUGCAUCUUUCUAUUGUGAUGUUACACCUUUUGUCUUUCUGACCAGCAGAACAGGCUUGCCUGGUUGUAAUUACUGACUUGAUUCCUGCUUCCUUCCUGUAGAAGUCAACUAUUUUAAGAUAUUGAAAUAUUACUUACCUCUUGGCAAAAGUGUUCUCCAUUAUCUUUCUUAAGGGUGCCCAAACAUUGUGACUUGGAACCACACUGACAACUUGCUAAGAGCCCAACGGCUCCACCUAAUUUGAAUGUUAGUUAUGUACUGUUCUUUAUCAGAAAUAAAUAUGCAUAGAUAUAGUUUCUGCCUGAACUUAGAUUUUUGUUAACGAGCAACUAAUAUUUGUUUAACUCCACUAACAAGCAAUGUCAACAAAACAAGGCAUCCAUAGGCCCUAUCUCUGUAUCUGAAACAGCAGACAGGAGGGUGGGGGAGGGGUCAUAUUCCAGAGGGUUCCUUUGGCCACUGGGCUGUGCUUUGGCCACCCCGUGACUUAAAUCUGUCACCUAUUAACUUAAAAGUAGCUUUACUAUAGAACUAUGUCGCUUAGCGGGAACACAAUGUAGAUUCACAUACCAGAACUAUUUUGAAUCAAGGUACAUAAACAGUAGUGUAACUUGUGCCUCAAGUGAGUGAGCUCUUCAUGAGCCUGAAAAUCACCAUUGGAGUGAUUCUCUGCAGUACUCUUCGUGUCCUUUUGGUGUUAUAGUACAAUAAAAUGUGUGUUGUCCUGAAUAGUA